GUUUUGUAAGGGAAAGGAAAAGCAAAAGCCAGACAAAAAAGCUAAUCCUUCCUGAUCUCCAACACAGCCACCCUCCUUCCCAUUUCUUAAAGCCCAAAUAAGAUGGCAUUGCAUGCAUUAGUGGACACAUCAUAAUCUUAUUAGUGUAUACUGUAACCUUAGUACUUGCUUCUUACACAACCUUGCACUUAUUUGAUGUUUGAUGUUUCUUUGACUUUUGAUAUUCUCUUCACCUCUGUAGAAAACCCAUUUACCAAUCCAUCCCUCUCACACAAAAAUUCGAUCGCUUGAGACUCAGCAUAUAGAAGGGGGGGAUGGGCUUCUGCCAAGAAAACCUAUGCUUGUCGAUUCGUGGUGAAAUAUGUAGAUCUGCUUCCUUGAGAUUUCAUUCUUAAAAGACGAAAAAAUAUCAUUUUUUGGGAAAUGGGCUUGUUUGUUUCGUUCUUAUUUUUCCUAUAAUUGGCAAUUUGGAACGUACGAGGGUUACCUCGAUUGUUAGGAAGUUUAAGGAUCAUUAAUCGUCAGUAGUGAAGUGGGUUUUGUUGCAGAAAUGAUUCAGCUACUGUUCUUGGUACUUUUUGCCGAAGGGGUUAUAGCAUUCCUUCUAAUGGUGAAGAUUGGGCCAUUGAGGGAGAUGGUGAUGAGGAGCUUGGACCAGCUCAAAACGGGGAAAGGGCCUGCCACUGUGAAGACCAUUGCUGGUACCAUGUCCGUGAUUCUCGCUUCGAGUGUAACCAGCAUUCUCAAGAUCCAGAAUAAGGGAUCUAAGCUUGGGACUGUGACACCCAUGGAUCAGGUACUCUGGAGGACGCACCUGCUAGAGGCUUCGCUCAUUGGGUAUUCUUUAUUUCUUGGAUUUGUAAUUGACCGUUUACACCACUAUCUGCAAAAAUUAAAUGGGUUGAGGACAGCAGUGGGAGCCUCCAAACAGGAAGUUGAGAAGAUUCGGAAAGAACACCAGCAUCUCAAAGAGAAAGAAGAGAAAGCUUCCAAGGAAAUUAAAUUGCUCCAGGAAGAGAUCUCAAAUUUUUCAGAAAAUGUGAAGAAGCUGAAAUUGGAAUGUGAGGAGAGGGAGAAGAAGGUGCUUUCUUCUGAAGCUCAAGUUACUGCCCUUCGCAAACAAUCUGAGGAUCUACUUCUUGAGUAUGACCGUCUGUUAGAGGAUAACCAACAUCUUCAAAACGAAGUUCUUGGGUACAGGAGUUGAGAGGAUGGUGGAAUGCCAACCACUUAGGUCAUCUCGGGUUGUAUUUAUAUGCUGGUAUUCUUCAGUCAAAUGUUUUCUUGGUCAUGCCAGAAAUGAUACAUAUCAACAGCUUCCUUGGGGGAACUAUUUAGAGGUGAAAUUGUGAGGUUCCCUUGGGUAAAUGCUGUUGAAAAUUUUGUAAUCUUUGUUUGUAUAAGAAGAUUCUUCAUCUAGAUGUUUCCUGAUUGCGUUGAUUUCAACUGAGAGUAGGUGAAAUUGAUAGUCGAAAUCAACGGGUCCAAAGAAUUCUGAUCCGUUCCCCUUACUGGUCAAACAUUGUUGGAUCAUCAAUUUAAUUGAAAAUUUAGAAGGAUACUUAGCUCCUUCAUCA